GGUUAACCGUAAAUUCAUCCAAUAAGAAGAGACGGCGGCUAGCAGAAUAUAUAUUUUGGGUACUUGUAAUAUUCACAUUUGACACAACAAAGAUGACUGAUAAUUAGUUCCUUAUCUUUAAUACUUUGUGUUUUGCUAACGUGGGUUUUAUGUAGUCAGAAGAAUUUCAGGUAACUCUCUUUUUGCAAUGUUGCUGUCAAAAGAAAAUUGUGCGAGCCCAAUCAUGUCUCAGUUACAUGGGUUAUGCAGUACGGGUAUUUUGAAUAUAAACAAUAGCCCUUGCUUCCUGCCAAAAUGAUAGUUCAUGAUUUGAUAGAUUUCCAAAUAGACAAUAUUAUUUCAUUCUGUGACCAUGGAGGACUGUGAACCACAGGAAUUAUUAAUGCAAAAUGUUCAGGACCUUAGGAAACGAUUGGCAGACACGGAGAGAAAUUUGAAGAAGCUGUCAAAGAUUGAAAAACAGGGGAAUUAUGAUGACUCUGAUGUUGAGUCCAUUUCCACACUAAAUAGUGUACCUGUUACUGAAAGGUUUGUCAUGACAAUGGAUGAUUUGAUAAGGAACCCCCUUCAUCAUGAUGUAUCGUGCGACAGAGACAGCAUUAGGUCUGGGUUGGCCACAUUACCAGAAUCAUCAUACGCUGGAUUUGAAAGAAUACAGCAUGCAUCCAGCACUCCUAACAAACCUCAGGCCCCGAGUCGCCUAGACAGAUAUAACAGGGUUCAGUUGAUGGAAAGGGGCUCUCAGCAGGAGUCUGGAGAAAUCCGCUACAUGAAGGAGGCCAACAAAAAACUGCUUCAACAAAACCACAAACUGCUGGAAGAGAUGGAGAGAUAUAGCCAGGAGUUAAAUGCUGCCAAAUCAAAGGUACAGGAAUUAAGUUUGGAAUUGGAUGACUACCGUCAGAGUCUGCCAGAUUUGGAGGAUAAAAUUGUUGGUCUGCAAGGAGAGACUGACUCACAGGACAAAGCCCUGAGAGAAGCAGAAGAAAGAUAUGAGAAGCUACAGAGACAAAAUGCAGACUAUCAGCUGCAGAUUAAACAGACUGAACAAGAAAUCGAGGAACUCCGCACAGAUUUAAGUGAUGAAAAGAAGAAGAGAAAGGGGGCAGAAGUACAGCGAGAUGAGGCUUUGCAGAAUUUCAUUGAAGCUCAAGAGACUUUAGAGGAUUAUCAAAAGAAAGCUAAAGAUAAGACCAGAAAGUUAGAGAACAAUGAGGACUACCUACGAGACAGCUUGGGGGAGGCUAACCAGGAACGUGAGGAUCUGUUAGAAAGGAUCUCACUUCUUCAGGCCAAAAUCAAAAGUCAAAAUGAGGAAAUCAGGAGAUUACAACUUCUAGAAGAGGUUGAAUUAGACAGUCGAAGAGACUUAGAAAAACAGAACACAGAAUUAAAAUCAUCAUUAAGCAAAAACUCCUCAAAACUUAGCAGGCUAGAGACAGACUCUUUGCAAAUGGAGAGUCUUAAGAAAGAGAAUUCUAGACUUCAGAGUCAGGUUGACCACCAGAGGGAGCAGCUAUCAGUGUGUCAACAGGAGAUAGAAGAGAGCAGGACCAUGUUGUCACAACUGGAGCAGCUGGCUCAGCAAGUCCAAAAUCAGAACAAGUCUCAGAGUAGAGGAGCAAGCUUCAAUGACAGUGGAGUGUAUAGUGUUAGUGUUCGAGCUGUUGCAGACUCUUCCAGAGGUCAGUCCCAUGACAUGGGGUUACCCACGUUCUAUAAAUCAGGAGGGGCAGAGUAUGGAGCAAGUGAACAAGUUUCGACAGCCCCUGGAGGGGCCAGGGCCAUUCUGCAGGAUCUCAGGAUGCAGUUAGCGAUGAAGGAUGCAGAGAUACAGCGUCUCCAGUCCUGCUUACAGUCACAGGAGGCCAGUAGUCAGACUGUGCUGAUAGAGAGUCUCCGACAGGAACUUACAAGCAUGCUGGAGAAUAAACAUCAAGGUGCUCACAGGGUCCAAGAAUUGGAGAUGCUUGUGUCUCAGUAUGAGGCUGACAAGUCUAGGCUGGUAGGGGAGAUUACUGAGUUAAAAAGAGAGAUAGGGGACAGAGAAGCUCAGAACUCAUCCUUUGAGACUAGGAUCACUCAAAGGAACUCACAGCUGAUUGAGCUUCAAGAACAAAUCAACCACAAAUGUUCUGAGAUAAGCAAUCUGGAACGGGAAGUAAGGAAGAAAUCAUCUCAGAUCCACCAGUUAGAAGAACAACUGGAUGAAAAGUCUGCCGAGUUUUCAAAUUGUGUAUCCAGGAUCAAACAGCUGGAGCAUGAUGUCACUUUCAGAGAUGAAGAGAUCACAAGGACUCAGGUAGAACUGAAGGAAAAACAACAGAGUCUCCAUCAACUCAAGAGCACGGGUGACAAGAACCAGCAGCUACACCAGGAGCAGUGCAGAGAUUACGAGAAACAGAUAGACAUGAUCCAGAAGGAGAUGGAAAAUAAAUCAUCAGUAUUUGAGGAAAACUCAACCCAACUGACUCACUAUAAAAGAGAGCUUGAAGGGAGGAACUCGCAAGUGAAGAAAUUACAGAAAGAACUUGAUAAAACUAAGGAGAAAUUAGAAGUUCAAACACAACAAAGUCAUUUUGCCCUCCGACAGUUAGAAUCUCAGGCUAAUGAGGGAACCUCACAAAUGAAACAGCUGGAGGCAGCUCUGUUUCAGUGCAAGGAGGAAGUCAAGACGUAUCUCGGAGCUUUGGAAGAAUCUCGAGACAAGUACGACCGAGACAUCAGGCACAAAGAAGAAAUGGUAAUAAUUGAGGACUCCCCUGACCUUUAUACAACUUCUACCUGGCGUAUAUAUCAUGUAAAUAAAAUGGAAAGGCAUAUAAAACAAAUCCAGAAAGCAUUGGAAGACAAGUACCAAGAAAACAUUAACUUGGAGAAAACUGUUUUUGAACACCAAACCAUGCUUCAACAGAGUACGACCAGAAUCGCUGAACUGGAAGACAUCCAAUCAGAACUGGGGAAACAGGUGUCCCAGCUGGAACAUCAGCUAUUGACUCAGAAAGCUCAGGCCAUGACAGAAUCUCAGAUGACGGAAAAGAAGCUCAAACAAGCCUGUGAAGACCUCGAGCACAGAACAGUGACCAUUAAUAAACUCACAGAUGCUCUCAGGGAGUUAGAGGUGGAGAAGAAAAAUAUGAAUGAAGAAAUCAAUAUGUUGGAGCAGCAGCUUCAGGAUGAACAGGAGGGAAAUGAUGACAAGGUCAAGCGGAUGUCUAAACUAGAGAAGGACAUAAGGGACCUCAGGGUACAGCUAGAGCAGAAAAUAGAAAUAGUGAAUGAUUAUGAAGACCAGAUUCAAAAGAAAACAGAAGAUAUGGAUCAGCAAACACAGUUGGUCAGUGACCUUGACAGUGAGGUUAAGAGGUUACAGGUAUCUCAAAAGCAAGCCAUAGAGCAAAGCGAGGAUACAUCAGACAAACUUCAGAAGGUCGUCCGCGAGAACCAAGCCAAGGAGGAGAUGAUUGAAGACAUGAAGGACACUCUCAGGAAAACUCAGGAAGAGCUGAAUGAAAAGAGACAUGAGGUGCAUGAGCUCUCAGAAGCUAUAGAGGACAGACAGAGAGAGCUUCAACAGAGGACGUCCCAGGUGAAUGAGCUGAGUGCGACUGUUAAAGAACAGCAUACCGAGAUGAAGCAGAGAAUUAUGACAUUGGAAAGUUCCCUGCAAAAGUAUGAGCUGGAAAUUCAGGAGAGGACCAAGCAGAUAGCGGAGCUGGAUGACAAACUACAGCAGACCCAGUCCCAGCUGGGUGAGAUGACCCUCCAAUACAGACAUGCUGACCAGCAGUGUAAGAAACAGAGCUUAGAGCUCCAGUCCAAGACAGCCAAACUACAAGAGCUGGAAAAGACAGUUGAAAGACAUCACUUUAAAUUGGAAGAGCAAAAAGAUGAAAAUGUUGAAGUUACCCAAGAGCUGAGGUUGACGAGAGAGCAGUUGCAGCAACAGCAUAAAGAGUUCCUGUCAACUAGACGACAGCUAGCUCAGGUGAACCGAGAAAAUGAACGCCUGACGAGAGAAAUGGAGGAAAUUAACAUUGUGCGACAAACCAGAGAAACGGACACAGCUCGUCUGGAAGAGGAACUUGGGGCCACAAAAGCUCGUGAAAUACAGGCCGAGACCAGACUGAAUGCUGAGAUUCGCCUCAGGAGUGAAGAAAUGGAGAGAGCCAGGGAGGAGCACCAAGUCCUGGUGGAUGAGCUGCAGCGCUCCAUUAGUCACCUGAGUGAGGAUAAGGAGAAGAUUGAGCGAGAGCUGGAGAAGAAGAUGAUACAGAUCAAGGAACUAGAGAUCCACUACCAGGCUCAGUUUGACAUUCUACAGAAGGAACUUGAAAACAUACAGGACGAGAUGAUAGCCAAAAAGGAGCUGGCCUCGGUGGCCAAUGAAUCUCUUAUCAUAAAGGAUUCUGAAAUAGCCAGAUUAAGAGCGAAAAUCUCCGGAAUGGAAAGAACAAUGGCUUCCCUGAACAUGUCUAACAACAACAAUUCUGAAUCUGUGUAUCAGAGUUCAAUGAUUGGAGCAGAAGUUGUUAAACGUAGACAAGGGUCAGAAAAUCAAAGUGAGGUGGAUUCUCAGGAAUCUCGAAGUGCCCCAGUAUCCCCUGCGGCGAGGCGGAGAAUUCUGAAGGAGCCAUAUUCCACAGCCGGGAAAUUGCAUGGAGAAUUUCAUGAGCCAGAAGAUGAUACUGCCCUUUACAUGCUGCCAGUGCCAAGAGAUGUUAAAUCUGGUGAAUCAAAACGGACUCAACAGGUCCAUUUUAAAGAUGGAGACACUGAUGAAUUCGAUGAAGUGUUAAAUGAAGAGGAGGUUAAAUGGGUAAAAUCAAAUUUAGGGAGGAACAAUGCUGUGAGUAAAACUCCUUUGAGAAGUAAAGGGGUGCCUCGGGCUAGUGAUAGAAUUAACAACAAAGACUUUCGUAAUUUGGCUGCCCAGAAAGGAAAGGGAAGGAAAUCUGAUCACCUGCCAGGAGAGUUUGAAAUAGAGCCCAUGACAGCAGUGAGGAUGUACAAGAGUCCACACUACACUGAGCAGGGAAAAGUUGAUACAGAUUCUGCACAUGGGAUCUAUGAACUUCAGGAGAAAUUAAGAGCUAAUGAAAUGAGACAGAAGCUAAUUGAUCAACAGUUAAAACAUCUUGAUGAUGGUGCUAUCCAUUCCUAGUAGAAAUUAGAUCUUAGACAUUUCUGGUACCAAAGAUAUUUUAUCAUGACCACAACAUAUUUUCAUGCAUUUAUCUGUGGCCUUUAGUUUUGAAAUAAGAUCUACUUUAAACAAAAAAGUGAAAGUAAGCCUCUAUUACAACAUAUGCAAUGAAAUCCAGUUUAUGUACAGCGUAUCAUACCAACAAAGUUUGAAGAUGAACUGUUCACAUUAACACUGGAGUAAUGUCACUCUUCCAUAAUCAAUAUUGUGAACACUGGACAGUGAAAUCAUGUGAUUGUAGGUGAUAGUUUUGGCACACCCUUUCAUUUAGCACCUCUGCAUUGUGAGCUGAUGACCAAACCAGAGCAUUUAUUUAUUUAUAAUUUGUUAGGAAUCUUGUUUGUACUAUAGUGUUUAUCUUGUUGAUACAUGUAACAUAUAUAAUAUUGAUUUUUACAUGUACAAUAAAAUACGGGAGAAUUUUACAAAUAUC